AUGGACAUAGUCGACCGUGAGGUCGAAGUAGCAGAGGAGCAAGCCAGCAGGGGUUUCUCUGGCCAAAGUCUGGAGCACCAUCAACACCUCGAGAGAGCCACGAGGACUUCCACGGUAUCCAGCUCUGGCUCAUCGGCCACCACCUCCUCCAUCUCGACCCGGCCCGACUUGCAUGCCACGAUGUCAAUGGGACGAGCCACCACGGCCAAUACCCUAGAAAGACGGAGGACAAACGCAAUUGAGAUGCACAGGACAGAAACACAGCGGCUACAACAUAGUCACACUGUAGGGGCACGCAUCACCAAGACAAGAACCUCUCAGAAGCCUUUGCCAAAUUUCGGAGGUGGGAAGCCAUAUCCGCCUGAUCUGCCGGCACAGGAUGAGUACGUGGUGGAAUAUGAUGGGAAGGACGAUCCAUUACAUCCGCAGAACUGGUCAAUGACACGGAAACUCCAUAUCAGUGUCAUCUUGGCAUAUACCUGUCUCUGCUCCACUUUCACUUCUUCCGUCUUUUCCGCUUCAACACAAGCUGUAGCAACACAGUUUCGUGUCAGUGUCGAAGUAUCUACACUCUCGACAUCGUUAUUCGUAUUAGGUUAUGCUUUUGGUCCAAUUCUGUGGGGACCACUUUCAGAGCUGGAGGGGCGGCGGCUCCCCAUCAUGAUCGGAAUGUUUGGCUUUAGCAUAUUCAACCUGGCAGUUGCUGUCUCCAAAGACAUCCAAACGCUACUGAUCUCCCGCUUCUUCUGCGGUAUCUUUGGUUCCUGUCCUCUCGCUGUUGUAGCCGCCGUCUACACCGAUAUCUUCGACAACAAACAGCGAGGUCCUGCCGUGACCAUCUUCGCAACCACAGUCUUUAUGGGGCCAAUGUUGGGACCAUUCAUUGGAGGCUUUAUUGUUACUUCGUACCUUGGAUGGCGAUGGACAGCUUACCUGUCCAGCAUUAUGGGAUGGCUGUCCUUUGGACUGAUCAUCCUCUUUCUCCGCGAAUCCUACCCACCAGUGGUACUUGUGGCCAAGGCUGCUGAACUUCGUCGUCGAACCAAGAAUUGGGGCAUCCACGCCAAGCAGGAGGAAGUAGAAGUCGAUAUCAGCGAACUCAUCACCAACAAUUUCUCCCGCCCUAUCCGUCUGCUCUUCACCGAACCCGUCAUUCUUCUCAUCACGAUUUACAUGAGUUUCAUCUACGGCAUACUCUACCUCUUCCUGACUGCCUACCCCUUAGUUUUUCAAGGCGUCCAUGGCAUGUCUCCUGGCGUUGGUGGCCUACCAUUCUUCGGAAUGGUUGUUGGCCUCUUCAUCGUCGCAGCGUAUAUUAUCUGGUCCGCAAAGGGAUACAACAAGAAAUUAGCCGCUAACGGCGGUGUACCGGUGCCGGAAUGGCGACUCCCCCCCGUCAUCAUUGGCGGCACGCUAUUUGCUGCUGGACUGUUCUGGUUUGGUUGGACUGGAUUCACUAGGGAUAUUCAUUGGAUUGUACCUACCCUUUCAGGCUUACUUACCGGAUUCGGCAUCUUGGCUAUCUUCAUUCAACUAUUCAACUACAUCAUCGAUUCUUACCUCAUGUUCGCCGCAUCAGCAAUAGCAGGUAACACCUUCCUCCGCUCCAUCACCGCGGCUGGCUUCCCUCUCUUCGCACGUCAAAUGUUCAACGGUAUGGGCAUCCAGUAUGCGGGCACUUUGCUCGGCUGUUUUGCUGCCUUGUUGAUCCCGAUUCCGGUCUGUUUCUAUCUUUAUGGCAGGAGAUUGAGGGAGAGAAGUCGUUUUAGUCCUACGAUGGCGGAUAAGCCACCGAUGGAUGAGGAGAGCAGUUUGGCUGAGGAGCUGGGGGAGGGGAAUGGGGAUGGAGGAGAUUCGGAUGCGGUGCAUUCGCGGGCGACGGAUGGGACAGGGACGGUGAAUGGGGAUGUGGAGAAGGAAGGUUGA